AUGAGUGAAACCAACGACAAUCAAGCCUCCCCGUCCAGCCAUCCACCUCCCGAACCCUCCUCUUUGCGGCCUAAUCAUGUCUAUCUGCGAGUCAUAUACUUGGUUACGGGGAAUCCUAGGCCGCCGCAUAACUUAGGUCAGGUUAAUUUGGACACGACAGUCUCGGCGCUGAAGGACAGGAUUCAAAACGACCUACCAGAGCACCCGGCUCCUUCUGAGCAGCGCCUGAUCUACCAGGGGAGGCCUCUUUUGCGGAACGAGUCGACCUUGAAAGAAGUUCUCAGACUAGAUUCCGGCGCUGCCGUUGGUCCUCUACCAUACACAAUUCACAUCGUGAUUCAUCCCCGUCAAGAUGCAGCUUCAACAGCAAAUGCGCCCGACACGGCCAACCCUCCUGUCGCACCUCCGCGGCACCUGGAUCGUUUGAACCCGAUCAGAGCGGUAGAGGCUUCUGCAGCAAGGCUUCAAGAGUCGCUCGCUCGGAUACAGCAGCAAAUCGAGGUGAACAGAGCAGAUUUGGCGAAUGUGCAACAGAGAAUUGGUUUUCAGCAUCCCCAUACUGCGAACGGCCAACCUACCCCUGCUGCUCCUGCAUUAAACGCCCAAGCCGCGUUUGCUGUACCAUUGCCUCUCCUUUUCACCGCUGGGCAAGCCUUGGGGCAGCCACAUGCCGUUCAUCCCAAUAACCUCCAAGGACAAGGUCAAGCUGUGCCAUCAAGGUUGAGAAGUCCUGGAAUGGCCCCUCCUCUUCAGCCACAACUUGUCUUCCCACCCCAACCACCACAAUUCACCAUGGGGACGAGGACGCAGCCAACUGGUCCAACGUCCCAGGCGUCUCAAUCAGGUCAUACACCCGACCAAGCGCAAACACAGCCGACCAACCCUGCGGCUCCCAACCCUCAAGCUACCUCGGCACCUCAAGUACCACUUCCCCAAUUCCAAACUCAUCAUCAAAUCUUCACCGGCCAGCCUAUCCCGGGGCAGUUGGUGGCGCCAAUCCUUCCAGCUCAUUUCCAAGCACACUUUGCCCGACAUCCACUCGGAGUCAAUACGAAUCCUAGUGCAAUGGCAUGGAUUGUAUCCUCUCCUGCGGGCCCGGAAGGGCUGCUGUUUGCUCCCGGCCACGGUUUCUUCACCACAUCGCCCCAACACGUCCCUGACCCGUCCCCGGAGCGGAAUGUCUCAACGAUAAACCACCCCCCUGCCCGAUCAGCGCCGCUCCCACAAGAAGGGAAUGGAGCAUUGAACAACAAUGCACGAAGAGCCCACCCCAGAAGAGGUCGGAGACGUGAUGUACCAGCCUUGCCACAAGCUCGGCGUAUCGAAGUGGACAAUGACCUGUUUGGCUUUUUGAUCCAGAGAGGCUGGCUGUUUCUGCGCCUCUACCUUCUCAUGUUUGUCUUCUCUGAACCAGGGAGUUGGCGGCGGUGGCUGUUAAUUGUAGUUGCGGCCAUUGUUUGUCUUCAGCCCAGGAAUGGCCCGUUGGCGCGUGCAAUGACCGCAGCCCGACUCCAUCUUGACAACCUGAUCUUUCCACCAGUUGCACAGCCCCGGCCUGCGCAGGCAAAUCAGCAACCGCUGAACCAGCCUCAUGCCGACGCCACUGGAGAUGGGCCAGUCGACAGAAGUGGCCAGCGACCGGUUAAUGUCCGUGGAGCUGUCCAGAUGACCCCCGAAGAAGCUGCCGCACGACUCAUUCGCCAACAUCAAGAUGGCGUUCGCGGUUCAUGGAGGGAUACGCUCUAUCGCAUCGAGCAAAGCACCGCGCUGUUUCUGGCAAGCCUGGUACCAGGAGUCGGAGAACGAUAUGUUCGUGCAAGAGAAGAGGCGAGACGAGCAACUGAGCGGCUAGAGCAAGAGAGAUUACGUGCUCAGGAGGAAGAGGCUGCACGUACACAGGAGGCCGCAAAUAGCGGCGAGAACCAACCUGAUGGCGCUAUACAAGAGGCUGCAGAUUCUCAGCAUGGAGAUGCGAAAGCACAGGGGCCCGUUGAGCAGAGCACAUCAACCUCGGUAGAAGCCCAUGAGGAUGGCUCAAGCUCAGCAGGUUUGCGCAACAGGGAGCGCUGA